UGCUGGUACGGUGCACUAAGCUAUAGGACCCUGAGUGAACGUGAACGCCAACGCGGUAACGAGUAUAGUCACGAGUCGGAGUAGUCGCGAGUCACGCAUCGCGCGGUCAAAGGGACGGGUCGGUACAAUCACCAGCAGCAGCAGCAGCAGCAGCUACCUAGCGGCCCAAAAAGCCGCGCGUUUCAAAUUGUGCCGUGGAGGAAAGUGCGCCUGCGCCUACGCCUCCGUGGCCAGACGGGUUUGGUCAGCAACAAGAUUCGCAAACUUGGCACCUUAUCGAAAAGAAGCGCUCAGUAGUCCGGUAUGCCAAACCCACCGCAAGCGCAAGGCAAGCAAUCCGCACACUCAGACCUCACCGCCAUCACACCGACUCGGCAAGAAAGCGAAGUGUCAUCCUUUCAUUCCGCUACCUCAGACUUUGGUGCCGAUAGUCCCGCUUUCGAACGGAGCGACACUGGAGUCCAGACGCCCGAGAGCUCAGUCGGACACGUCAAGCAAGCCAGCUUCGAUAGAAAGAGCAGCACCUCAUCUCUCAACAGUCGCAAAGGCAAAUCAAGCCGGGCAAACUUUCGAGAAGCGGCGUCAGCCUUCAGAAUUUUGACUGGAAACUUUGCUUCCACGCCAGAUUUGAAGACCGCAGCAAGCGCACGCGGUCAACUCUCCCCGCCCAACAGUCCUACUCACAAGCAGCCAGGCGGCGCUAGUGACGCUAGACGUCUAUCUUGGUUCAGGAAGAGCCCAUCUGGCGCCGUGAUUCCCCCAUCUCCACCUCCAGACCGACCACUACCAGCCAUACCCAAAAGUGAAAGUCUCUCUUCACGGUCCGCGGCGCGAAGGGUAAGGCUGCUCGACGGUAAGGAACCCGGUAGUGCAAUGUCCGGCUAUCAAGCAUCGAGCGAUGCCGAGAACGGCGGUCUGUCGCAGGCAGAUGGCCAUAGAACACCACCACCCGAAGCUGGCGCAAACAGUGUGCCCCUUCAUUUGAAGCAGCGCCCAAGCUCGCCCAGAUCUGCUCGUACCUUCGGCGCCGCCGAAGGUAAGCUUCGCAGCUCUAAUAUGGCGCGGGCCACGUCCGAUGGUUCUGCGCAAUCUCAGCCUCCCAACGACGGCUUCCAUGAGCGUGAAUUCGCAGAAGAAGAGGAAGACUGGGAGGCUUACGAUGAUUCGGACGAUGAUGGGACCGCUCUUCCUCAUGUCCGAGCAGCCCCGCUUCCUACUCACCCUCCUUCUCAGGAACCUGCUCAAUCGCGUCGCUCUGCACGGGAAGGAUCGCACGCAGCGUCCUCCGAAGCCGGCGAUAGACUUCAGGAUCAGCUCGGUAAUCCUUCAAAGCCUCCCGUCCAUGGUAAGAAUGGCGUCAGUGUGGGUCUUUCUGAAGGCGAUCUGCCCCCUCGACGCAUCAUCGGAGGUCUUGGUGCAGGAACACGUGAUGCCGUGCCAGGCGCUUUCCCAAUGGCUCGAAGUGUGAGCACUGAGCACGGCAGCGCCGCUAGUCUCAAUCGCUAUGACGACCGAAGAGAGACAUUCUACCGGCUAGCUGGUGCGCGCAGCAACCUGAACAGUUGGGCACCUUCUGCUGAGCCCCUUCGUGGUGGUAUGCCCGAAAUUUCCAAUCUUCCAAAUUGGUCCACCAUUCGCAGCGGGGAACGAACUUCGCAGCCGAUCAGCAACGUACAGCGCGACAUGGACUGGUCGAUGCGCAAGCUCAUCAAUGAAGACGUCUUCAAGCGCUUGCUGGAGGACCCGCUCGGUCGUCAUCGAUUCCGUGAAUGGCUCGUACACAAUCGGGGUACCGAGGCGAGGCUGGAUAUGCUGUACGAUACCAUGCAGUUCGACAAGCAAAUGGCAGACGUCCGAACAACAUCGGAAGCGCUCUUCGACAUCUACCUGGCCGAAGACUCACCUAUGCACGUUGCACUGCCUCAAGAGCUGGGAGACCAAUACUUUGACACCUUGCGCAAGCAAUUCGAGCUCAAAGCAAGUCUAGACCAGACUGCCCAGCAUUUGCUAUCUUCGUUGUACAAGACAGAGUUCCAAAGCUUUGUGAAAGCGCAGCUCAUUGAACACAACAAGGUCAAGCUCGGUCGCUUCGAUAACAAUGAGCGUACUGGUCUAGGCGAUUGCUACUGCCUGACCAACCCCAGGCUUCGCGAAAAUCCGAUCGUGCUCGUUUCUCCAGGUUUCACCGACCUGACAGGGUACCCACCGGGCGCCAUCAUUGGACGCAAUUGCCGCUUCUUGCAAGGUCCAGGCACAGCUCCGGAGUCCAUACAGCGCGUUCGCGACGCCUUGAACGCUGGCGAGCCUUGCACUGAGCUGCUACUCAACUAUCGUCGGGAUGGCACGCCCUUCUUUUGCCUGCUCUCGAUUAUUCCCCUUAGAGACAGCUCGGGACAGCUCGUCUACUUUGUUGGCGCCCAAGUCAACGUAUCUGGCGAGCUCGCAUCGGCUAAAGGUCUCGAUUUCCUGGUGGGAGGAGGUGAUGUCCCGCCCCGUGAGCUCCAAUCCCGAGUCCAUAGUGGCUAUGAAGCUUCUCCAAGCAUGCUUCGACACUUUGACGCUCUGCAGGAUCCGAACCGCCCCAGUCCUGCAUCUCUAGCAGACGACGACAGCGGGGCAUGGGGUGCUCCAAGAGUGACCAGGAAGCUGGCCGCCGGAUCUUACGAGCCGACUUCGAGAAUGGGCCCCGGUCCAGGCACAAAGAUUGACGGGCCUUUGUUCGAUGCGAAUGCGGCCGGUGGAGGACGCAAAGGGCAAGGGUUUGUUGGCAAAUGGCUGACCCGCGGCAAGAGAAGCGACUCGUCUUCCGAGGGGUCAAGUCACCCUGCUCUCCGCAGAGAUCGCGAGCGCGGACAGCUACUUACUGGUGCCGAAGGCCAGAUGCGAAGUGGUGCACACUCUCUGAGUGACCAGAUGGGAUAUUUCACCGAGCUGUACGGCAAGAUGCUCAUCUUCAAAAGAUCGAAAAGAGAGAUCAUCUUUGCAACUCGCGAGCUGCUCGAGCUCGCAGGUCUUCCGACAGGCUCUUGGCGCGAUGUCUACGACUCUACCUUGAUUCACGCCGAUCUCCUUUCUUUGAUUCAAGGAAGCGAAAAGAGCGAGACGCGCGCCAUCCGCACCGCUGUGCAAGAGGCUGUACGCAACGGCACACACAUCAGCUUGCACGUCAUUCUACGCGCAACCUCUCGAAGAGGUCGUUUGCUUGGGGGCUUGAAGGAGCUCAGCGGAACAGAAGUCCCUCGCUCGACCACCGUCCACAUUGCACCCCUGAAAGAUCGCGACAACAGCUCCUUUGCCUUUGUAGCCGUCUUUGCCUAAAGCGCACUCGCUCCACAGACGCGUUGCUGCUUACUUGUGUACAGUAGACGAGACGAUCCGCUUCGAUUCUGGCCCUCCCUGUGAUUGAUACCUUAGUGUUGGUUCCGACGUCGACCACUGUACUCCUCACUGCACCUUGUCUCGUUGCUCC